GUAGCCUCCACAGCGAAAUUUCAUUGGUGAUUCCCGAGUAAUCACGCUCUUCACUCCCGCCUCUGCUGAACAGGAACUCAUCAGCCGUCACAUUCGAUUCAUCCGCUCGCUCAAGCCGCAAGGCCAACAACCCACGAUCCGCCUUUGUACGAGCGAGCCGCCGCCUGCCCACAUCGCAUGUCUCCAUGACUGCCCCAUCAACGAGCAGACUCCCGGCCUGGCAACCGGGUCCUUUUCCCGAGGCUCAAGCGCAAUCUUCGUCAAGCGGCACCCAGUCCUACGACUUGCCUCCUCACCAUGUCUUGGCAGACGGAACGCCCGAUUACCUUCGACUGACGCUCAGCGCAGACGUGUACGAUCUAGUCAAAUCGACUCCGCUCCAGACCGCUACCAACCUCUCUAGCAGAUUGGGCUGUGAUGUGUUCAUGAAGAGGGAAGAUCUACAACCUGUCUUCAGCUUCAAGCUUCGAGGUGCUUACAAUAUGAUGAGGAGUCUGCAAGGCGAGAGCAAGUGGAAAGGCGUCAUUGCGUGUAGUGCUGGCAAUCAUGCUCAAGGUGUCGCGCUAUCAGGUUUGCACUUGUCCAUCCCCUGCACCAUCGUCAUGCCGAUGGGCACCCCAUCCAUCAAAGUGGACGCAGUGCGCAGACUGGGCGCCAAAGUGGUGUUGCACGGCACGGACUUUGAUGGAGCUCAAGCGGAAUGUCGGAGGCUAGCCACGGCCUACGGGCUGACCUUGAUUCCUCCUUUCGACCAUCCCCUGGUCAUUGCUGGUCAAGGCACCGUCGGCGUAGAGCUUUGUAGACAGACGGACAUGAGCCGGAUAGAUGCCGUCUUUGUCUGCGUGGGUGGAGGUGGCUUGCUGGCAGGCAUUGCAGCGUACGUGAAGCGCAUUGCCCCACCACACGUCAAAGUCGUUGGCGUGGAGACCUAUGAUGGAGAUGCGCUCGCUAGAAGCUUGGUCAAGGGGCAGAGGGAGUUGUUGAAGGAAGUCGGUCUAUUCUCCGAUGGAACAGCGGUUCGACUCAUCGGCGAAGAGACUUUUAGAGUGUGCGCGGAGCUGGUGGACGGCAUCGUGCGGGUCGACACGGAUGAGAUUUGUGCAGCCAUUCGCGAUGUCUUUGAAGAUACGCGAUCCGUGCCGGAACCAGCAGGCGCUUUGGCAGUAGCAGGCAUGAAGCGAUACGUCACCGAGCAAGGCUUGCACGGCUCAGGCAAGCGCUUUGCAGCUAUCGUAAGCGGGGCCAAUAUGAACUUCUCAAGGUUACGGUUCGUCGCCGAACGAGCCGAGUUAGGAGACCAAAAGGAGGUUCUUUUGAUGGUGGACAUUCCGGAGGAACGUGGCAGCUUCUUGAAACUCUACGCGCAUAUCCAGCCACGCAAUCUGACCGAGUUCUCGUACAGAAUGGGAGACACGAACAGAGCUCACAUCUAUCUCUCCUUCAUGCUGAGUGGGAACAACACCGGCGCUCUUCCAGCGCCUGCAGCUGCUGCUUCGGCUCACGGUCCCACCGCGGUGCACAGAGAAGUGCCAUCAGGUCGAGGUACCGACAGCCCGGGACGGGCGCCUUCGCCACACCAAGCCGGGUCUAGACAGCAGAGCAAUCCGACGACACCCACCACAUCGAUGGAACCCGUGGCUCUUGAGCAGAGCAGGGCAAGGCACGCAGAGCUCGACCCCAUCAUGAGAGCGAUCGAGGCGGACGGCACCAUGCGCGCGACGGACAUCAGCGAUAACGAGAUGGCAAAAUCGCACGCUAGGUACAUGGUCGGAGGUCGGUCUGGAAAGCAAGCGGAAAAUGUGCGACUUUUCCAGUUCAUCUUCCCUGAGAGACCAGGAGCGUUGAAGCGUUUCUUGGAGGGCCUGCACGCAGGUUGGAACAUCACCCUCUUUCACUAUCGUAAUCAUGGCAGCGACACUUCCAAGGUGUUGGCGGGACUACAAGUGCCGCCUGAGGAUGCGGAUGCAUUCCACGCUUACCUGGACGAGCUGGGCUACACUUAUCAGGAAGAGACGGACAAUAUCGUUUACAAGCGCAUGUUGGCGUGACGAUGGUAACAACAUCAAUGCUGUGUAAUUCUUAUUGCUGCUAC